ACCAACCAAAAUUUGACACGUACCGUUCCUUAUGGGUUGCUUCCGCUCCUUCCUGGAGAAGCGAUUCUCGCAUUUUAGACAAUAUUAUUAGAUUUUUUAAUUUUUUUUCGGACAUAAAUAAGAAAGCAACCAACUGAGUAACUCUCAGUAAUCAUGCUCUUAGAGAAGCAGAGAGACACAUAACACAUUCUUUCACAGUAACCUGUAACCAUGAGCGUCUCUCUGUUACUCGCCUUCACCGUUCUAUCACUCUGUUUACACACUUCAACAUCCGAGUUCCUACAGUUUCAGCUAUCCACCAUAUCAGCUGCACCUUCGUUUUUACCUGAAGCUCCAACGAGUUUCUCAGCAUCUCCUCCGGCAAUGUCUCCAGAUGUCUCCCCUCUGUUCCCAACUCCAGGUUCGAGCGAGAUGUCUCCUUCCCCGUCAGAAGCUUCAGUAAUGCCGACAAUCCCUUCAAGCCUUAGUCCACCGAACCCGGAUGCUGUCUCUCCUGAUCCUCUGCUCGAAUUUUCUCCAGUCGGGUCCCCUCUCCCUGCUUCAUCAUCAGUUAGUUUGGUAUCAUCACCACUCUCCUCUCUGCUUCUUGUCUUCCUCAUGUCUUUCUGCAGUUUCUAGUAAUCAGAUGGGAAACAGCGAGCGAGUAAGCAAGCCCUCUAGACAUCUUCUACAAACAAAAGAAAAAAAGAAUGUAUUCUUCUUAUCUUACUUACACUCUGUUUCGUUCUGGAUUUUUCAUGUAAUAUUAUUAGUAUAGCUUUUAAAAUUGUUCGAGUGUGAGAUUUGCUCGUAAAGCAAUCUGCAAUUUGGGAUGGUGCAGUUGUUGUACUUUGUAACAGUGAUAUAUAUGUGUUUGUUUUUGUGCCUUAAAAGUCAAAAUUGAUUGAUC